AUCUAACCCAGAGGUGUGGUGCAGCUGGAAGGCCACACCUGAGUGGUUGUCUGAUAUGCAGGCUCCUCCCAUCAGCUCCAGUCUUCACCCCAUUUCACUUUCUCAGUGAGCAGUUCCUGGACUUGCCUAUAUGAAAAGAUCUUGACUGUCCUGCUUUGCUUCACUUCUUCUCAGUCCAACCUCCUGAACUGUUUCCAGAGAUGGCUUAUGUUACUUGGCUUUUGGCUAUUCUUCAUGUGCACAAAGCACUGUGUGAAGAGACAUUGUGGGACACAACAGUUCGGCUUUCUGAGACUAUGACUCUGGAAUGUGUAUAUCCAUUGACGCAUAACUUAACCCAGGUGGAGUGGACCAAGAACACUGGCACAAAGACAGUGAGCAUAGCAGUUUACAACCCUAACCAUAAUAUGCAUAUAGAAUCUAACUACCUCCAUAGAGUACACUUCCUAAACUCAACAGUGGGGUUCCGCAACAUGAGCCUUUCCUUUUACAAUGCCUCAGAAGCAGACAUUGGCAUCUACUCCUGCUUGUUUCAUGCUUUCCCAAAUGGACCUUGGGAAAAGAAGAUAAAAGUAGUCUGGUCAGAUAGUUUUGAGAUAGCAGCACCCUCGGAUAGCUACCUGUCUGCAGAACCUGGACAAGAUGUCACACUCACUUGCCAGCUUCCAAGGACUUGGCCAGUGCAACAAGUCAUAUGGGAAAAAGUCCAGCCCCAUCAGGUAGACAUCUUAGCUUCCUGUAACCUAUCUCAAGAGACAAGAUACACUUCAAAGUACCUAAGACAAACAAGGAGCAACUGUAGCCAGGGGAGCAUGAAGAGCAUCCUCAUCAUUCCAAAUGCCAUGGCCGCUGACUCAGGACUUUACAGAUGUCGCUCAGAGGCCAUUACAGGAAAAAACAAGUCCUUUGUCAUAAGGCUGAUCAUAACUGAUGGUGGAACCAAUAAACAUUUUAUCCUUCCCAUCGUUGGAGGGUUAGUUUCACUGUUACUUGUCAUCCUAAUUAUCAUCAUUUUCAUUUUAUAUAACAGGAAGAGACGGAGACAGGUGAGAAUUCCACUUAAAGAGCCCAGGGAUAAACAGAGUAAGGUAGCCACCAACUGCAGAAGUCCUACUUCUCCCAUCCAGUCUACAGAUGAUGAAAAAGAGGACAUUUAUGUAAACUAUCCAACUUUCUCUCGAAGACCAAAACCAAGACUCUAAGCUGCUCUUUUGGCCUGAACACAUUAGUGAUGACUUCUAUGGCAUGGAAUUUUACCCAUGAUUUCCUUACCACUAGGAUCUACAUUGAUAAAAAAAAUUGAUUAAAUUUAUUUCAUCUCAUAUAUAGAAGUACUUUAUUACCUGGAAACAUUCUUAAUAGAGAUUCAUUAGAAAACCCAAAUCUAAUGUUCAUGUGUUCAAGGAACCUUCUUCCAUUAUGUAACAGAACAGUCUAGAGAAGAUUAAGGACCACAUGGCUUUCUUGCUCUACUUGAAAUUAAUUGUGAGCAUAAGCUUGUUUCUGGAGUCUUCUUACAUUGUUGGUUCUACUUACAUACUACUGGUCCAACUCUCAUGCUGUUUCUCUCAGAUGUUCCCAUGAUGGUUGCCAAGGACACUUGAUAGAAAGACUACUGGUUAAACACAAUAAACAAAGUUCAUUAUUCACUUAUUAGCAAGAAGGUAGCAUUAUCAUAAAGGAUUAGAUGACUUAAGUUAGCUAUAGGUUCAAGACCUGGACUAAAGUAUUACUUGGAAAUUCUGAGUAUUGCUAAAAAGGAGGAUGAAAGGGACCUAGAAGUUGAGUUAUUACUAAAAACUUUGAGUGCGAAGAUAUUACUCAUUAACCAGAUAACAAGUGAAUAUGCUGUAGCAUCAACAUAAUUCAAAAGAGUAAAGAAAUGGCUAGGAAUGAGGUAGUUGUGUAAUUAUUUCUUCUCUUACUAGUUUCAAAUAAAUUCAUCUCUAAUUCUAUAGAGAAUUCUUGCCUCCCAUUCAGGACUGGCCUUCUAUACAGUGAGAUGGUCCAGUAAGAAAUAAUUUUUAUUAGUGUUUUUUCUAUUUUGAGAAUUAUUUUAAUAUAUAUUUUAAUAUAUAAACUUGUGAGUUAAAUUUUUUUUUUGCAAAAUUAGCACAUGAAAAGAGAUUGAUGGUUUUAAGUAGUAGAACACAGUAGUGUAGGAAUCUGAGAGCAGAGAGUUUGGGAGGGGGUGAAGAGAAAACAACAUCACCAAAUAGUGAUAUAUAAGAGAAAAUCUGUGCUUCAGAGUUUGAUCAGGGCCAUCUCUCCCAACUCUGCUGGAACUGAGAGAAUGCACCUGAUGUUGUCUCCAUUUUAGAUAGAGAAAAAAAAAACCCGAAUAUUUAUAAAACUAAAUAAAACUAUAGUUACCUCAAAACUAUGGGGAUCACUAUAACAUAGAAUAGAAUAGAAUAGAAUAGAAUAGAAUAGAAUAGAAUAGAAUAGAUUUAGUAUCUAUUUUCUAAUCUCUAAAAAAUUUUAAAUUAUCAUAAUCUUUGAAUGCUAGUGCUGUUACAUAUAUUCUAAAAUGUAAUCCAUAGUUUUAAGGUAGCUGGGGGAUAUUUCAUAUUUUUAACCUUAGAUCCAUGCAUAAUGAAUAGGCCAAUUAUUUUGCCAAUUAUAGAAAUUCAGAAUGUAAUAAAUAAAAAUGACUUUUUUCUUAGUUGUUCUUAAAUAAGAAUGAUUAAUUAACUCAGAUUUUGACUGAUUGCUUGAACAUUUUUACGUCUCAAUUUGUGAACUGUUUCUCUAAAUAUGCCAGUGAACUAUAGUUGAAUGACAAUUAAUCAGAAAAUAGCCAACAUUUGGAAACAUCAGAGAUCACGUGUCUACCUAUGACAGUUUGCAUGGUUGAACAACUUAGUAUUGUUCAUGAAAUAAACUACUUUUCAAUAAAUGUUAAAGACAGUCAAAAUAAUACUUUCUAGUAUGUUUAGUAGUAAUAAUACUUUCUAGGAUGCCAAGUUUCCAGUGGCUAAGUUGGUGAGAGGGAAUGCUUUUAUAAUUGCAUGAUAGGGAGAUAUAAAUAGCUACCUGGUGGUCAGUGACUUAUAUGAAGAGUCACUGAAAUCGAUCAAGAAAGCCUCCAGAUCAUUGGACACUUGUCUCUGUUUCUAUGGCAAUUCAUAUAAUGUUUUGAAAAAAAAAUCACUCCUUCAAAAUAUAUUUUCUCUGCCUACCCUUCCUUUCUGUAUGUAGUUUCUCACAGAAUUUAGUAUUCAUCAGGGAUAUUUACUACAACUUCUGACCUCCCCAUGUCUCUGUUAUGCUGCAGAGACAAUGUUAACUGUCUCUCUAGAUAUUUUUAUUCAAGAAAGCACUUUAAUUGCAAUCUGUGUGUUUUACACAAUUCACAAGAUUUCUGGAAUGUGACCCCUCCAAUUUGCAACAGAGUGAUCAAAACUGAACCAAAAUUAAAAGACAAAUGUCAGAAAUGAAAUAUAAUUUUGUUUUCCAUGUUUUAUUUUAUUUUAUUUUUUUAAUAUUUGGUGCUGCUUUGGAGGCCAGAUGCUUUCUGGAGGUGCUUUACACAGAUAAUGGAUACCAGUAUAUAGUGCAACAUUAAGUAAAAUAUGAUUGGAUUAAUUGUUAUUAUCUUAAUAUUUUCAUUAAGGUAAACAAUGAAAGAAAGUUAGGUCUGAUUAGGAAUAGAAGAGUUUCUUACAUGAUUGCAAUAACUAUGCAAAUACUAUCUUAUUAUCAGAUUGAUGUUGAAUUUCAUUUAAAUGCAUUUAUGUUAAUGUUAAGAAAAUAGAAUAUAAAUCUCUAUUUUUCUCUUUUUUCCCCCAUUUUUCUAUAAUGAAAAUUGAACUCAGGGAUUUUAAAUAUCAGGCAAGUGCUAUGCUCCUGAGCUAUACUCCAGUUCAGAAUAUAAUUUAAAGUUUAAAUAUUCAACAAAUUGUCAAGAUACUAUACAUUAAAUAUAAAUUUAAAAAGAUAAAGUAAAAUAAAAGCUAGAGGUUCUUUUUUAUUUUAAACAUGCAAGUUUUAUUACUUUACAUAUAGAACUCUAUUAAAUAAUAUAAUAUAACAAUCUUUUAAAUUAGGAAACCCCACGUUAUAGUUAGAGAUCAGUUUACAUAGUUGAAUUUUCUAUGUUCAAAGCACUAACAUUGUUGUAAGAUGCUGUUAGAAAAUGCUUUAUUUGAGGCAAUGGAUAAUAAUUAUCUGAUUCUGAUUUGUUGCUUAUUGUCUCUUAUAAUUAUACGUUCUCUGACUAUUGUAUUUAGAACAAUAUUUCCAGUUUUGUUUUCCAUUUCCAGAGACUGAAUUUGUAGGCAUAGAGCAGCUCUUAUCCCUCAGUGUACUGUAAUCUAUUGUUCUCAAUGAAUAAAACAUAGUUCUCAAUGA